AUGAGACUUGAAGAAAGCAUUUCAUCUGAAAAUCACAAGUUUCGGGGAAAAAGAAACAGAGCAGAAAUGAAUUCCCUUUGGAUAACUACUUGGCUGCUCGCUGGUGUAUUUGUUUCAGCGUUGCCCUCGGAGGACAGAAAGCUGGAGGAUAGGCAAGAAGACAAAUGUCUGCCUUGGAAGAGAGACAAAGUCAUGGUGUUAGAAGGCCUCAGCACGAAUUAUGCAAUGGAAAGAAAUGCUAUCCAGCAGUCUCUGCCUGCUGUUACAGUCUGCGCGAUUGCAAAGUGGAAUCCUCUCCAUUUCCAAACCGAAGUUGAACAAUGUGUGUUCAGCUACGCUGUCUCAGACUUAUUCAAUGAAUUGGUUCUUUGCAAUUUUCCCCCUUUCCAGGUCGUCCUCAAUGGCGAAUCGAGGGUGGGUGAUAAAGGCAUUCCUGAUGAUGGGUUAUUUCACCACUUCUGUUUCACAUGGAGCAACGACAACGGAGAUUAUAAAUUCUGGCUGGAUGGAGAAGUCGUAGGGAGUGGCUCUGACUUUCAAACUGGAACCAUGAUUGAUUACGGAGGUAUCGUAGUCGUUGGACAAGACCAAGACUCAUUAGGAGGAGGUUUCGAACCAAGUCAGUCCUGGGCCGGUGAAGUGUCUGGAUUGAAUGUAUGGGGAGAGGUUCGGUCGGACACUGACAUUGUAUCUGAGUUCCAGGAAUGUCUCGUUACCGAGGGAUCCAUAAUUCAGUGGUAUCAGCUGUAUGACAAAGACAGUCUUCAUGGCAACGUUUGCGUUUUUCCUUAA